AUGACGACCGAGCCUCCUCCUGCCGGCGAUGCCUCUUACUCCGGCCACUCCAGUGUAGUUCACACCGAGUCAGCGUUGGUGAGCAACCACAAGGAAAAGCGAGAAGAGAUUGCCAAGGGUGAGUCCAAGGCAGUCUUUUGGUUGCGCAUGCUGGUCCUCUUUCUGUUGGCCUGUUCUGCCAUUGCUGUUGUGGUAGCCGUUUACCUGUACAUGAGCCGUCAAGCAGAGCAAGAUUUUGAAACCAAGUUCCACAAUGAUGCCAACAAGAUUUAUGAGAGUGUGGGCAAGACGUUGGAUCAUGUGCUAGGUUCGACCGAUGCCUUUGUGGUCAAAAUGCUGGCAUAUGCCGAGGCAUCCAACAGCACUUGGCCAUUUGUCACUCUGCCUCGAUUUGGAUUGCAGGCCACCAAGUUGCUCAAGUUGGCCAGGGGCUUCUCUUGCUCCCUAGCCCUCCUGGUAGAGCAAGACCAACGCCCCGACUGGAAUGACUAUGUCAAUCAGAGUCAUGGCUGGAUUCGCGAGAGUCUUGACGUACAGAGCAGGGACGAAAACUGGCCGUUUGAAGUGGAUAACAGCGUGGAAAAUUCGUUCGUACCGGACAUUUGGAGCUACAAUGGACCCGUCGAAGGUACCUUUGCCAAUCACACAAACUACCUCCCCGUCUGGCACAACCACCCUAUUGCUAGUGAUGGCGGCAACCCACUCAAUUUUGACAUGUGGACUCUCACAACACCCACUGAUCCGACCCAAAAGAGAGAAGCGGAUAGCAUCGAAGCAGCUCUUGCAGAGCAACGAGUCACACUGGCCCAGCAAGGAACCAUUGUGACAGAUCCAACCAAUGAAGAACAAGUCAGCAAGGCAGAGUAUUCCAACAACUGGAGGUCAAAAUUCAUCUCUCCUAAUGAAGACCCGUCCGAGCCAGCAAGCUCCAUCCUGUAUCCCAUGUUCAACAACUUGGAAUCCGUCCAAUUGGACUUGGAAGAAAGGCAACAGUUCGUCGGAACCUUUGUUUACGUGUUCUUUUGGCGUGUGUUGAUUCGAGAUAUUCUGUCCCCCGAAUCCAAGGGCAUCAUUGUGGUCUUCUCCAAUGAAUGCGGACCUUCCUUUACGUAUCGUUUAGAUGGGCCUGAAGCAACCUUUCUGGGUGGUGGAGAUCUUCAUGAUGCCAGCUAUGACUACCUGGGCAAGCACAUGACACUGCACGAAGCCAUGGAGACCACCAAAAGCAGCUCCUACACGGGGAUUCCCUUGUCCGAGAAGUUCUGUCCGAGAGCUAUUCAUUUAUACCCAUCAAAGGACAUGGAAGAUGAGUACAUGACGUCCGAUCCGGCCACAUUUGCUGUGGCGGCUGCCUUGAUCUUUCUCUUCACUUCCACAGUCUUCGUCAUCUAUGAUUGCACAGUUGCCCGCCGUCAAAGGCUUGUCAUGGAACGGGCAUUGGCAUCGGGUGCUAUUGUCUCGUCCUUGUUCCCCAAACAAGUCCGUGAAAAACUCUAUGAGGAAAACAAACAGAAGCAGCAACAAGAGAACAGAGUCACCAAGUAUCUCAGCACCAGCGUUGUUGAUGUAGGCAAUCAAGCGCAAUCCGUUGAUGACAUGAAGGUUGAUGCUGUCAUCGGAUCCUCCACUGGCAGUAGUAGCAGGCCCAUUGCUGAUAAUUUCCAAAACACCACAAUCUUCUUUGCUGAUCUGAAGGGCUUCACAGCUUGGUCAUCCAAGCGAACUCCCAUUGAAGUCUUUGAGCUCUUGGAAGCUCUCUACGGAGAGUUUGAUAAGAUUGCUCUUAGGCGAAGAGUAUUCAAGGUGGAGACGAUAGGUGACUGUUACGUGGCCGUCACAGGAAUCCCCAAGCCACAAGAGAAACAUGCUGUCAUAAUGUGUAGAUUUGCCGAUGAUGCAAUGGCAGCGAUGAAGGAAGUUACUCAGGGGCUUGUGGAUAGGCUCGGAGAAGAUUUGAUGGACUUGGACAUGAGAGUAGGGCUGUACAGCGGAAGCACCACGGCCGGUGUUUUGCGUGGUGACAAGGGAAGGUUCCAGCUUUUUGGUGACACAGUAAACACUGCAAGCCGCAUGGAGAGCAAUGGAGUGGGGGGCAAGAUCCACUGCUCUCAAGCCACAGCGGAUGCCCUGAUUGCUGCUGGGAAGAAAAGCUGGUUGGUACCUCGAGAAGAUCAGAUCGAAGCAAAGGGACUUGGGAAGCUUCAAACAUGGUUUGUCAAUGUUUACACAGGCAAAGCAAGGAGCGGCAUGUCUACCACAUCGUACGGAGAGUCUGUGAUGGAAGCAAUGGAAGAUGAGUACGAGAAAGAAGAGCAAUCCCCAAAUUCCUUGGCAGAGCCCAUCGAGGAACACCAGCAUGAUUACAGCGAGAACCUGAGCGUCUAG